CGCCGUAUCCAACGAGAGUGGAUUUUCAACGAGCUCGAGAGAAAAGCGGAGAAGGGCAGACAUCAUUUCUCUCUCAGCGUCUUUCGACUAACCACACGGGGGCAACGAGAGGAAAAGAAAUAAAUCUUUAGAAAUUAAAAUAGACUUGUAAUUAUCUAUAUUACUUCAAUAACUAUGGCCGAUACAGUCGCUGACACAACCGCCACCACAGAGGUUACAGCUAAGGAGCUGAAGGAGAAGAAAGAAGUGGAAGCAGCAGCAGCGGAGGAGGAGGAGAAGACCGACAGCGGGGACGCACCUGCCAAUGGCACAAACGGUGCUGAACACACUGAGAAAAAGGAGGAAACUACAGAGGAGGAGCAGAAGAAUGGAAGUGAAAAAGCAGAGGAAGCGCCCCCUGCUGAGGAGACUGAUGCACAGCCUGUAAAGCGUGCAGCUGAAGAGGAGGAAAAAGCUGAGACAAAAAAGCAGAAGACAGAGGAAAACGGAGAUUCGAAAGAGGCAGAUGUGGAGGCUUAAAACGCCGGUUCCCUGCUACAUGUUUUUGCGGCACUGUCUCACCAGCCUGGUCAACAUCGUGUUCUAGAGCUUGUGCUUUCUGCGGAAGAUUUGUUUUUGGUUGCUCCCAUGUUAUCACAUUGCACUGGAGUCUUGAAACCUAGAGGCCCUGCAUACUUUUUAUGUAUGAAAUGUUAUUUAUUGGUCUUUAAAAGGAGCUUUUCUUUUUGUACUUGUACGAAUCAGGCCGCAGCAUAAGAUCAGUUCUUUUUAUUUUACUAAUGUUUCACACCAUUAUUAGAAGCACAGCCUCUAUUAUAUCCGUGCUGACCAGAUGAUUCAUACAUACAGGCAGCUGCUCACCUUUAAGGCUCAUGUUGACCUCUCUGAUACAUUUAAAAAGGACCAAAGACAAGUUUUAAGCAGGGGGUAAUGGACAGUUGUUUUGGCAUUUAUUAGGUGAGGUGUCAUCCUUUAUUUUGUGUUAAGCUGCUACUUAAUCCCUGGCUGCCCUGUUAACAUAACAAAUGGUGCAAAUAGACAAGAGCUGUGCGUUGCACCUCCAUGGAUGGAUUGUUUGACCUUUUUUCUGUGGAGGCAGGACUUUUGCAAUGUUAAUUAACCCCCUCUUAAAUCUUAAAGCUUUGGUCAUUUGUUCUGUAUGCAUUCCACGCAAGUUUGUACCAUUUAUACGUUGUUCUUGCAUUUCUUGAAUUUUAUGUUAUGGUUGAGUAUCCCAAUUCUGUGUAGACUGCCUUUUUCAUAACCAGAAUGGCAUUUGGUUACUUCAGCCACUGCUUUGUAUAUUCUGAUUAAGAAAUAAAUUUGUCUUUUUACUUAG